AUGUGUGAAAAGGCCGGAAUGGCGCUGCAGUCACGACAUAAGGUUGCGCAACGCUUGCUCCCGCCCCGCUUGAACAGUGCACCGAGUGCUUCACUUCCAGCAAUUCCUCUCUGCCAAUCCCGCUCUGGAGACGAUCGGAAUGGCUCUUUCAGCAGCAAGCCGGCCAUGUCGACGGCCUCGAUAUGCAUUGAGGGAGAUGCGCGUAAAGACGGUCUCCGUAACGGCAAUGGCUCGGCUCGGCUCGGCUCGGCUCCAGCUGCGCGAUCAGCCGUGCUCGUUGCUCGUUGCUCUCCAACUGCGAACUACACACCACCCUCCCCUCCCCUCCACGCCGCCCAUUGCGCGCGCCCCUUGCCGACCGCGAUAUACUUCGAUUCUGGCGCAUGUAUUCAUAGUAGAGCGUCCACUCGUUCCGGUGCGGUCUUUGCAGGCGACCGCCCUUCCUCACUGCGCACCGCUCGCACAUACAUCAAUGGACCGGCGGCCAGUGAAACGAUGAACAGCCUCAAUAUUGUGUCGCGACUGCCUCCACGCUCACGAACCAGUUCCUCGUCGGACAUCCACACCCUCGGAAGCAACGGCCAUGCCAGCGAAAGCGCAAACGGGAGCGCAUCACUCCAUGCUGGCUCACUCUCGGAGAAGUUGGGCCAUCUUAACGGGCUUGAGAUGAGGAAUGCCGCAGACGCAGACGCAGACGCAGACGCAGACGCAGACGCAGACGCAGACGCAGACUAUGUCGACGAGAAAGGACUCCAUUCUGAAUUCCGGAAAUGGAGGUGCUGA